UGUAUCCGGAAUCUCUUUCCGCUUGGAAAAUCCUUCUUGAGUGAAAGUUCUUUUAAAUAGAGUGUUAAUUUUUAUUCCAUGUACUAAGUAUUUCCCCUUGAAAAAUGUGAACAGUUUUUUGGCGGUACAUAACUUGAAAAUGGCUCUGAAAAAAGCAAAAACUUUAAAGAGUAUUGGCUAAAAGUAUUUUCGUCUGACACCCCUCAGAGCAUAAAACGUCAGAAUGAGGGUCCGAAAGAACACAAUGAAGAAAUUUACCCAGUUGUGGAUCAAAAUAGGCCAAUCAGAAAAACGCAAGCAGAAGACCGAUAUAGUUGACCAAUCAGUGCCGCGUGCAAAAUGAAAAUUUACCACUGGAGUCCAAGAGAGAAAACAAACUCCUUCUGUCUACACAAUGGCGGCUUUUUCGUUUGUAUGUAUGUAGAUCGAUUCUAAAACUGCUAGAUGGAAAGACGACCGGGCUCUGCCAAUUAUUCGAAACAUAUCGUCAUUAUAGAGUUUAGCACAAUCUGGGUUGUCUAAAAGAUGCUGACCGAUGGCAGAAUCGCUUGUUUUAACAGUGUUACUAGACCUACAAGAUCGAAGAGGCUGUUCUCUUCGAGGGGCAGUUUUGUUUCUUAUGAUGGAAGGACGUGUUUUAUCCUAUCCCCCACUCUAAGUAUUAUAACCCUAAAUAUUCGAGUUCAAAUAAUUUUUGCUCCGUUCUUCUGUUGUGCGUUUAUUUCGCACUUUUGAAAUUACGCUUCUAGCCUCAUAACACUAACUCUUACCACUAACCGGUUCACUUGGUUAACAAAGGGCUCUGUGCAACAUUGUUCUCCAUCUUAGUAAAUUUUGUAGGCAAUUCAAGGAAACUGGCAAAAUUGAAAACAAGCGGGUAAUUAGCCUCGAUGCGUAUAAGGCACCUUGAAGAAAUGAGCUUUGAAAAAAACCGGCCUGUUAAAGAUCUUUUAUUGCUGCAUCUUGAGCACAUGUGUAGGUUUCUUAUAAUAAGUUAACACGAUGGUGGAGAGUUCAAACAAUGCUUGUAAUGUGCGAACAAUAGAUAUAAACAAAGGCUCUAAAGAGUGUAUUAUGGGAAAGUGAAGAUCUUAUGAUCCCCAUCGUGAGUCAACUUAUUUGCUUUUGAAUAACUUUGAUUUUUAUUAAGAUCAUUUCACUGGCGAAAGCUGAUGUAGUGUUUAUAUUUAUGGACCAUUCCUUGAACUCUUGCAUAUUAUUUGAGUUCCUCGGCUUCGUAGAUCGUUGUAAGGGUUUUUGUUUUUUAACCAGAAAGAUUUUUCUCCAAUUCUCGUCGAAGGUUAACAUUUAUUUCAUUCAGGAGGCUUUGAUAAAAAUGUAGAUUAAACCUGCCGAGCUCGUUCCUCGCACGUUGCGCUUCUCUUGACUCGUUUCUUGGUGAGCAGACAGUUUUGGGCAGAACUUCUAGAAUUGCCCCUUUUAAGCUGUUUCCUUGUAAGCAAUUGUUCUAGAAUAGCCUUUUUUAUCUGUACCAAUUGUUUGGUACAAGUGUCUUUGAUCUUGCUUUUGAAGUUCCCUUGCGCACAAUUUUAAUCAGUUUACUGUUUAUUUUCUUUGUGCUAUCUUAUUACACAAAAUAAGUCACCCUUUUGAUCCAAGUUUUUCUGUUUGACAAAAUUAGCAGCAAGUAUGCUCUUUUUUUAGAUUUUUUCAAUAAGAUCUUCUCAUUCUCAUCCCAUUUCUGUCAAAAAUUUGUCCCUUAUUUCCCAUUUGAAAUCACCAAGCAAGAAAACCUGGAUCGUUGCGUUUGUUUCCAACAAGCCUUCCAAUUCUUGGUGGACUCUUUUCUAAUGCCUUUGUCAUAGUUGGUUUUCACAGUUGAGUUAGAGCACAUGCUCCACAAAAGUUCCAGAUUUCUCGUCUCAUUUUUGUGCUUAGCUGGUUCUUGAUUUUGGCUAAGACAAGACAACGAAUUAAGUAGUAAGGUGUGUAAUAAUUGCCACAAAAAUUCAUUCUUUUGGUAAUAAUUAGUUGAAUGCUCAUAAUGAAAUUCCUACUAAAAUAAACGAAGUCUUUUGAUAAUGUCUUCUGGACGUCAACAAUUAUUUUAUAAGCAACCCAUCCCCGUAUAAGCCCCCCUUUAAAUUAACCUUUCCCCUAAUUACGUCAUGGCGCAAUGGAUUUUGGUGCUUGUAGUUUAACCUGCGAAGGCUUGUUCAUGUUUUGUACGGCGAUCGGACGAAGUUCUGUUAUCAUUUAACGCUCUUUCUAUCUAUCUAAAGCAUAUGUGAAUUUAAAUUCAUAAUUUAAAAAAUAUCUUAUUAGAAAUCUUGUUGGAAAGAUGCAUGAUACCAGCCAAUCAAAUGCCUUUAAAUAGUGCCUCUUUGCUCCUUGUGUUCCGUGAAUGAAAGACGUUAAUGGCUUCCUUUCACGACGAGGUUUCUCUUAAUUAGAAAAUAACGUGGGUAGAGCGGAACUGCGUGAUUGUUGACGCAAUCCAAAGAAACAAAAGGGUCCUAUUAGUAAUAAAAAGUUAUUCAAAACACCUACGUUGACCAUCAAAGGGGGGUCAUCAUUUUUCACUUUCUCGUGACUCGCUCUUUAGGGUCUUUGUUAAAAGAUUUUUCGGUAUGUGCAGCCUCCCCCGGUAAGAUACAGAGCGUUGCCUGUAUUUACUUCUGUUAGAGUAAUGCAGCACGAGCAUAUUUUGACGUAUUUCUAUCUAGCAUGACGCUGUGUUUUUCGCAGCUGUUGUAACCUGGUGUUAUCAACAAACUGCUCCUGGCUUCCAAAAUAUUAUUAACAAACCGAAAGGCUGCAAACAAGCAGCUGAGAAACGCGAGAUCCUGUGUUAAAGGCAAGAGUGUGUUGAUGUUUCUUUCUGGAGGAAGGACGCAGACUAAGAAGCUUUUUGGUAUUUCAUCACAGCAGUUAUACGCAUUGCAACGUGCCUGCUGAAGCUUGGUAUUUUUGCUGCCAAAUUUAUCACGUAAGAAAUUUUCAGCGAGGCAAGAAGAAGACCGAGGAAUUGUCAUAUUCUUCUUCCUUCUUAAACCGCUUCUUGUGGAAACAGAUAGCAACAAGAUCAACUUGUUUUGAAAAUGACCAUGACCAAUAGUACUCACUUUCCUCUUUCCUUAAACCUCUCUUCGACGCCAACAUUGCCUGUUACUACUGUUAAAUUUCCUUUUGGAGAUAAACCGUACCCUCCUGUAAUCAAGAAAAUCGGUUUUUCGAUACUCCCAGCCAUAAUUGUGACCUCAGUGAUUGGGAAUUCAUUGGUUAUACACCUGACACACAAGUAUGCAUUGCUUAAAGGCGUAAUGAAAGCAUUUGUUAUAAACAUUGCUGUGUGCAACAUUUUACUGUGUUUCUUCCCGCUCCUCUAUCUUUUUGAGCUAGGAACGGGCGAUUGGUAUUUUGGCAGCAUUGGUUGUGACAUUUUGGUUGUUUUCGAGUACGCUGUUCUGACGUCAGCAAACUUGUCCCUUGUUCACAUCGCUCUCGAACGUCUUUGCGCCAUUGUAAAGCCAUUCAAAGUGAAGGUGGAUCGAAAAAACGGUACAUUUAUGUUAAUAUUUUCGUGGCUAAUCGGGUUUCCACUGGCGAUACCGUUUGUAAUUCUUCAACCGCGCUAUACCGACGAUGACCAUCCAGAUGCUGCUGCGCAGCCUGAAUGCAACAAUAUGUGGGCAGUGACGACUGUUGGAAUGUCCCGAGGUUCUUUGAUUUACUAUUGUGCUAUGUUUGUUCUUUUGUACAUCGUUCCGAGUAUUAUAGUAACAAUGUGCUACACAAAGAUUAUUUACGUACUCAUAAAGAAGAUAAAGAGGCCUGGGCAUCAAACCAAGGAAAGCAAACGUCAAGAGCAACGGAGGAAGCUGCGCACCGUAAAGCUAUUGUUAAUAACUGUUGCAAUUUUCAAACUCUUCUGGCUACCAUCCUAUGUCCAAGAAUUCCUAUUAGCAGGAGGAGUUGAGAACGUAGAUGAAAAUUUAAAAAUUCAAAUUAUCAAUUUAGUCUGUGCCUCACUGGGCUAUUUGUACUGUGCGGUGACACCCUUUCUAUACUUCCUCUACAACGAGCAGUAUCGAAAUUCAUUGUGGCAAAUGGGACGGUCCGUUGCUGCCUUGUCUAGGGGGUCAUCAUCAAGCAAGAAUGCAUAUUCAUUGAAGAUAUUUAGUACUCCAGGUACUAAACGGAAAAACGAUAAUGUUCAAGAGCUGGGAAUUGUCAACAAGGGGGUGGAAGAUAAAGUUACAAACUGAUAUUGGACCUUUUUUUAAUCAAAGCUGCGGACACUUGCAAUUCAUUAGAUUUAGGCCAGGUAUUUUUUACAAACAAACAAAUUUCCAUUUUCAUUUAUUAAUCAAACAUUAAAAGUAAUUUAUGUUGAAGAAACAUUGUAAGUAACUAUGAUGCCUUUGGCUUUCAGUUUGUGCUUUCAAGAUCCUCUGUUCUCAGAGAGCUCUCCUAUCUUGUUUCCCGUCUCAAAUGUGAACUAACAUAUAAUGAUUUCCAAUCGCCUUUUCGAUGCCUGUAACACAGUUUUUUGUACGGCAACUGCAUCGUGGGAUAUUAUGAGUAGCAUAGGACUUUUCAAGGGUUUUUCUAAACUAAUGGAGGCUUCUGAAUGAAAGUUGUCCCAAUUUUCCCCCUUGUAUUAGAAACAAGAAAAUGGAUUAUAUGGAGUUGAUGAAAACAUUUAGGAUUUGAAACAAGAACAAUUUAAGCAGUAUAUAUAUAUAAUUAGAAGGACAAAUCAAAUGAAAUCAGAUUUCAGUCAAGAUGCUAGCAAUCAAGUAACGAGGUAAUUGUAUAGUUUAUUGAACUCUAAAUUUAAUAUAACGUUAUUUAGUUCUAACUAACAAUGGUCCACAUAAGCUGUACAGCUGCCUUAGAUGAAACCUGUUAUAUCAAAAUGUGUACUGUAUAUAUUAUUUGGUAAACUUUUUAGUUUCAAACAAUAUUCUAUGUCAUGCUGUCGAUAAUCUUUAACUCG